AGGCAUCCUACGAUGGGCGGGUCACUGUACUCCUGGGGAGGAGCCUCCCCAGCGUCCCCAGAGCUGCCAAGGUAACGGACCUGCGAGGCCAUGGCCUCCCUCGGGAGUGGAAGCUGGAGUGGCGUCCCAUCUCAGAGUGCAGCCCCUACGCCCUGGGUGACCAUCUUGCAGCCUUUUCCUUCGACUGCCCCAUCUCCUCUGCCCCAGCCUAGCCGCGUCAAGGAAGACCUGCUGGAGCUCAUGAUGCUGCAGAAUGCGCAAAUGCACCAGCUGCUGCUGAGUCAAAUGGUGUCUGGAGCCCUGAGCCCAGGGCCGGAGUGGCCCUGCCCACAGGUCUAUACAGACAGCCAAGGGGAGCAGGUGGAGGAAGAGAUGGGCGCGCAGGAGCCAGAACAAGCGUCUGCGGUGUUUCAUCACCUCUAUCUACCGUGUCCGGUGACUUCCUUGGGUCCCAUGACUCUCUGGCCAGCCCCUUUCCUCCAUGUUCCCCCACAUCAGCCUCCCUGGCAGGGUGCACCCAGGACUCAGCAUCAGCCCCCUGCCUCCAGGCAAGGGGAGGUGAGAGAUGUUCCCCCGCCCCCACCCCCCAGUGCCACAGGGACUGUUGGUGCAGAUGUACCCCCAGCUUCAGGUAGGGGCUGGGUGAGUGGCGGUAGGGCCUGGCCUGGGGCACACUGAGAUGUCAGAAGGGCCAUGUGCCCGGUGGAUGGGGGCUCCCGGCAACCACUGCCUUAUCCCGUUCCGUCUUCCUCCUUGGGGUUUACCAAGGCAGGAAGGAGCAAGCCCAGGAUUCUGUCCCCCUAGAUUACUACGAUGCUGAGAGCCUGCCAUGAAGACAGAUAUUCACCAGGCUUCAGCAGCUACUGCACGGGGCUGCCAGAGCGACCCCACACCCAUGCCAGAGCCCCUCUUACCACUCAAGCCCUUUCCCCUGGGGCAUCAGGCUCUCUACUCUGAUGCUCUCUUGAGCUGGCUCUUCUAGAGUGAAAAUUCCUCAAAGUCCCUCUCUGACUCAGAAGCCAUGUAAACCCAUUGAUCCACUGUUUCCUGCCUGGACCGGAGUAAGGCCCUGAUACCAGAGACACACCCAGUUGGUCUUUGCCCCUCUCUUCACUUGGGCCUGCAAUAGGGCUCAUGUCUCCAAGUGCCUUAAGGCCCCUGGAAGGCAGCAUGCUUGGGGAGAAGGCCAGCUCGGGACAUCCCUACAGCGGACUCAGCUUCUUUCACUGGACUCUGUUGGCAGAAAGGACAGCCAGAGCCCUGUCCUGACUCAACCAGGAACAGCCUGGAAUCCCCAGGGCCAUGUGCAAACAGAAUGUCCUCCUCCUCAUGGGACCUCAGUAGGAAACCGAUUGCUAAGGAUGGGUAGAUGUCUGGAGCCUGGGCUGCAGAGGUUCUGGAAAGCCCUGGGGAAGAGCAGG